CAUUUUCAUAUAAUAAUAUUAUUGCUAUAUAGUCUAUAAUAUUAUAUAUUAUAUUAUUAUUGUUUAGGCGUGUUAGUACCGACCGUCAACGGUUCAUUAAUCUCGAUUUAACAUUACAUACCUAUGUAAACAUUGGACUAUUAUUAUUGAGGGGGGGGCCGUCAAAGUGCUAGACAAGACACACGCAGCACGUGUUUAUCGGAUCAGCCUCGUUGAUUACAAUAAUUAUAAUAAUAUUGGCAGACACUGCAGCGGCAGCACGCGACGAGACCACAUCACUCGGACUAUUACCUAUAUCAUUAUUGUCGUCACCUAUCAUAUCACCAUACACAAAGGCCUCUCUCCUCGCCCCUCCCUCUCUCCAUCGGGUCAUAUGCGGUACAUAGCGAGCGUGAGUGACCGAACCGUCGUCCAUCGCAUUGUAGUCGUAGCCGAUCCGCGAUGCCGCGCGUUUACGGACCCGCUAGCAGUGCACACAUAAACAAGUCACAACAAUGAUCACUACGGUACGCGGCGGGACCGUCAAUAACGUGCAGACGACGACGCCGACGUCAUCUUCAGUGGCUGCGGCGGCGGUCGCGUCAGCCUCCGAGGAGACGGUCGUCGUCCACGAACGGCGGGCCACCGCUGCAGUCGAUGUCGACGGUGACGGCCGCAGCAGGAGCAGGAACGCGGGCACCCGAGACGCCGUGGGACGUGAGAAUUGGAAGUUGGCGCAGCACGGCGUUAACAGUACAGCUUCUGACGGGUGUCGAGACACCGCUGCCGCCGCUAAAGGUGGGUCAGCCGAUAGCGAUUGGACGAUGCAUAGUAUAUGUGAAUUAACUGAACAAGAUAGUCUGGAUGAUCAUUUUUCACACAUAAAUCGUAAACUAGUCCAAAGAUCUUCCAAAAUGGGUCGAUCUGAUGGACUUAAACUUAAAAGUAGUCGGACUCUGAUGAACCUGUUGACGAAUAGAGGGACAGACAUGUCCAUGUUACAACAUACGGAAUCUUUCCACCACUGCUGGGUGACGCUCAGCUCGUUCUACGGAAUGGUGUUGGUUAUUCUCAUGUUCGCCAUCUGUUUGAUAGAAGUUAUGGACAAUCCUGUUAAGUUAUUAUCUAUACAGGGGAUUUAUCUUAUGUACCUUUACUUGGGAAGCAUAGCCGUAAUUAUAUGCAUUUAUGUGUGGGUGCUAAUCGAUUCGUGCGUCAGCUUAACGUCRGACGAAACUGAUAUCGUCACAUCUGGCUCRUCGUCGCCAGGUGUCUUUACAUUGAGCCGGUUCAACUCAUUGAAACAAUUCAAUUCGCUGAAACGUGCGCAUAUUUCACGUUCAAAGACUUCGGACACCAGCUUCUAUUUGAGAGUAGGGGCUUUAGUAUUCGGUUUAGGAACGCUCGUAUUCAAUGGUUUGGAAAUGGCCAUGUAUUCCAUGAUGGACAUUAGUUGUUUAAACGAUGUUAUAUUCGUACAUCCAAUACUACACGGACUGUUCACAUUUUUACAGAUGCAUUUUCUUUUCAUAAAUUCCCAGGUAUUAGUCGAAAGGUUUGGUUUGGCUGCCAGAUUCGGAUUCAUGCAUUUAGCUGCCACGAACAUUGCUUUAUGGGUUCGUUUGGUAAUCUGGGAGAGUGGCAUUGAAUGGAUUUACUUCAUCCAUCUAGCACAGACAUCGAACAUUGGUAUGUCAGCAUCGACAUAUGAAUCAAGUAUUCCAACACCCUUACAACUUCGUGGAUUUCCCAGUUUUAUCACUUCGAGGCACACGCGAGACGUAAAACCAGAUUACAACGAGACGUUUAGAAAUACCAUCUACCAACCAGUAUCCGAGAACCACGUGUCACAAGUAGUAACACUUCAUCAUUGUUUGAACACUAAUUCACUCGGACAACUUUUAACAUCUUCUAUGCCAUAUCUCUAUCCAUUCAUUGUGCAAUUUAGUUUAAUAGCUGCCGGAGUUACAUAUGUUAUGGGCCAGAACGUGGGCACUUGUCCGAUGAAACCGUUGAAACGUAACAUGCAAAAACCACCGCCGUCGUCGUCGAUGUCCUCGUCAACGACGCCCAAAGACCUGCAGAAAGACUCAGCCGCUCAGCUGGGCCGGAUGUACGUGUCUCAGGGGGUGAGCUUUUCGGGCGCCAACAAGGGCCUAUUCCUUGGUCUGCUGACGUUGGUCAUGGUGAUCGUGGUGGUCAUCAUAUUUCUGGUGGUCAAGGACGAUGCGGAUUUUGCGUCAGACACACUGUUCUGGAUGACGUCCACCACGUUGGCCACCAUACUGUCCACCGGUACGCUAUUGGGUUGUGUGGGCCUCUACCAGAUUCGCAAGCUGUGCCACAACGGUAACCACCUAACAGCUUUGGACUCCAUGCUGGCCACAGUGUCGGGUGCCGGCGUCGUCUUGUACGCGGUUUUCAGCGCCAUGGUGGGCGCUGUCGGGGUGGUCACGUCGCAGCCUGGCACACCGGAACAGAAUGUGGACGUCAUGUUGACCGCCGUCAACGUGCUGCAGCUAGUCCAAGUGGYCGUACAGAGCUCACUGACCGCCGAGGCUUACAGGAGAAGCUCAUGGUCGAGACAUCAACUAUUCACCAAACCCGGCCGUCAGAUAAUCACGUACCUGCUAUGCAGCAACAUCGCUCUGUGGUUAUUCGAUUCGUUCAUUACGCAGAGUUGGAUUAGUCAAGAACGACAACUGCGUUUCAUGGGCUUACUUUUUUGGGGACUACUGUCCAGGAUAUCAUUGCCACUAGUAGUUUUCUACAGGUUCCAUUCAGGAGUACUUUUGUUACAAAUCUGGCAAAAAUCAUAUAGAUGAACACACAGGGUCAGAGGAAAUUUUAUACAUGUAUAAUUUUGUUUUUUACGAUGUGCAAUAUUAGAUAUAUUUUUUACUAUUAUUAUUUAUUGU